GCUGCCUGACCGAAGGCCCUGAAUGCGAGUGUCGCCUGCGGUUCUGAAGACACCGGGUGGCCCGGGAGAGGGUGGAGACGACGGCGGUGACGGGCUUCCCGGCUGCCGGAGCUGAGUGGUGCGGGUGCAGGAAGUAGAGGCAGAGGAGCCGAAGGGGGCAGCCGCGCCUGCAGCUAACGGCCUCCCGGGGCGCUGACCGCUGGGCAGGCGAACCGCUCGCUCUGGAGUUCGCGCCGCCGCCUCCGCUGCCCGGCUGUGGGGCCCGGACUUAGAGCUGGUGCCGCGGCGCAGGGAGAGGCCGGGUCCUCGCCGCCGAGGGAUGUGAGCGGGAGCCGCAGUCGCUCGGGAGGGAUCCGGAGGUCCCAGCCUGGCGGACGCUAGGACCCGAACCCGUGCCCGCUGCGGGGGCUUCGCAGACCUCGGCCGGCCGGAGGCGCCCGGUUUCAGAAACAGGCAAGGGAACAAGAUGUGAACUGUUUUCCUUCUGCAGAACAAGAGGCCCUUCCUCCCCUUCCCGCGAAGGCAAAUGUUCUGAAAAAGACUCUGCAUGGAAAUGGCUUGCCUCACAAUGACAGAAAUGGAAGGAACAUGCACACCUCCUAUGCAUCAGAAUGGAGAUAUUCCUGGAAUUACUGAUUCUGUGAAGCAAAUAGAUCCAGUCCUUCAGGUGUAUCUUUAUCAUUCCCUUGGGAAAACUGAGGGAGAUUACCUGAAGUUUUCAACUGGGGAAUAUGUUGCAGAAGAAAUUUGUGUUGCUGCUUCUAAAGCCUGUGGAAUCACACCUGUGUAUCAUAGUAUGUUUGCUUUAAUGAGUGAAACAGAAAGGAUCUGGUAUCCGCCCAACUAUGUCUUCCAUAUAGAUGAGUCAACCAGGCACAAUGUACUCUACAGAAUAAGAUUUUACUUUCCUUACUGGUAUUGUAGCGGCAGCAACAGAACUUAUCGGCAUGGAAUAUCUCGAGGUGCUGAAGCUCCUCUUCUUGAUGACUUUGUUAUGUCUUACCUUUUUGCUCAGUGGCGGCAUGAUUUUUUGCAUGGAUGGAUAAAAGUACCUGUGACUCAUGAAACACAGGAAGAAUGUCUUGGGAUGGCAGUGUUAGAUAUGAUGAGAAUAGCCAAAGAAAAUGAUCAAACUCCACUCGACGUCUAUAGCUCUAUCAGCUAUAAGACAUUCUUACCAAAAUGUAUUCGAGCAAAGAUCCAAGACUAUCAUAUUUUGACAAGAAAGCGAAUAAGGUACCGAUUUCGCAGAUUUAUUGAGCAAUUCAGCCAUUGCAAAGCCACUGCCAGAAACUUGAAACUUAAGUAUCUUAUAAAUCUGGAAACUCUUCAGUCUGCCUUCUACACAGAGCAAUUUGAAGUAAAAGAACCUGGAAGAGGUCCUUCAGGUGAGGAGAUUUUUGCAACCAUUAUAAUAACUGGAAACGGUGGAAUUCAGUGGUCAAGAGGGAAACAUAAAGAAAGUGAAACACUGACAGAACAGGAUUUACAGUUAUAUUGUGACUUUCCCGAUAUUAUUGAUGUCAGUAUUAAGCAGGCAAGCCAAGAAGGCUCAAAUGAAAGCAGAAUUGUAACUAUCCAUAAACAAGAUGGUAAAAAUCUGGAAAUUGAACUUAUUUCAUUAAAGGAGGCUUUGUCUUUUGUGUCAUUAAUUGAUGGAUAUUAUAGAUUAACUGCAGAUGCACAUCAUUACCUCUGUAAAGAAGUAGCAUCUCCAGUGGUGCUUGAAAAUAUACAAAGCAAUUGUCAUGGCCCAAUUUCAAUGGAUUUUGCCAUAAGUAAACUGAAGAAAGCAGGUAAUCAGACUGGACUUUAUGUACUUCGAUGCAGUCCUAAGGAGUUUAAUAAAUAUUUUUUGACUUUUGCUGUCGAGCGUGAUAAUGUCAUUGAAUAUAAGCACUGUCUGAUUACAAAAAAUGAGAAUGGAGAAUACAACCUCAGUGGGACUAAGAAGAACUUCAGUAAUCUUAAAGAUCUUUUGAAUUGCUACCAGAUGGAAACUGUUCGCUCAGACAAUAUAAUUUUCCAGUUUACAAAAUGCUGUCCUCCAAAGCCAAAAGAUAAAUCAAACCUUCUAGUCUUUAGAACAAAUAGUGUUUCUGAUGUACCAACCUCACCAACAUUACAGAGACAUAAUAAUGUGAACCAAAUGGUGUUUCACAAAAUCAGAAAUGAAGAUUUAGUAUUUAAUGAAAGUCUUGGCCAAGGCACUUUUACAAAAAUUUUUAAAGGUGUAAGAAGAGAAGUAGGAGAUUAUGGUCAACUGCAUGAAACAGAAGUUCUUUUAAAAGUUCUGGAUAAAGCACAUAGAAACUAUUCAGAGUCUUUCUUUGAAGCAGCAAGCAUGAUGAGCCAGCUUUCUCACAAACAUCUGGUUUUAAAUUAUGGAGUAUGUGUCUGUGGAGAGGAGAAUAUUCUGGUUCAGGAGUUUGUGAAAUUUGGAUCACUAGAUACAUAUUUGAAAAAGAAUAAAAAUUCUAUAAAUAUAUUAUGGAAACUUGAAGUGGCUAAACAGUUGGCAUGGGCCAUGCAUUUUCUAGAAGAAAAAAACCUUAUUCAUGGGAAUGUGUGUGCCAAAAACAUUCUACUUAUCAGAGAAGAAGACAGGAAGACAGGAAAUCCUCCUUUCAUCAAACUUAGUGAUCCUGGCAUUAGUGUUACAGUUUUGCCAAAGGACAUUCUUCAGGAGAGAAUACCAUGGGUACCACCUGAAUGUAUUGAAAAUCCUAAAAACUUAAACUUGGCAACAGACAAAUGGAGUUUUGGUACCACUUUGUGGGAAAUCUGCAGUGGAGGAGAUAAGCCUCUGAGUGCUUUGGAUUCUCAAAGAAAGCUACAGUUUUAUGAAGAUAGACACCAGCUUCCUGCACCAAAGUGGACAGAAUUAGCAAAUCUUAUUAAUAAUUGUAUGGAUUAUGAACCAGAUUUUAGACCUUCUUUCAGAGCCAUCAUACGAGAUCUUAAUAGUUUGUUUACUCCAGAUUAUGAAUUGUUAACAGAGAAUGACAUGUUACCAAAUAUGAGGAUAGGUGCCCUAGGGUUUUCUGGAGCUUUUGAAGACCGAGACCCUACUCAGUUUGAAGAGAGACACUUGAAAUUUCUGCAGCAACUUGGCAAGGGUAACUUUGGGAGUGUUGAGAUGUGCCGGUAUGACCCUCUACAAGACAACACUGGGGAGGUGGUGGCUGUGAAAAAGCUCCAGCACAGUACUGAAGAGCACCUCAGAGACUUUGAAAGGGAAAUUGAAAUCCUUAAAUCCCUGCAGCAUGACAACAUUGUAAAGUACAAGGGAGUGUGCUACAGUGCUGGCCGGCGUAAUCUAAGAUUAAUUAUGGAAUAUUUACCAUAUGGAAGUUUACGAGACUAUCUCCAAAAGCAUAAAGAACGAAUAGAUCAUAAGAAACUUCUGCAAUAUACAUCUCAAAUAUGCAAGGGUAUGGAAUAUCUUGGUACAAAAAGGUAUAUCCACAGGGAUCUGGCAACAAGGAAUAUAUUGGUAGAGAAUGAAAACAGAGUUAAAAUUGGAGAUUUUGGGUUAACCAAAGUCUUGCCACAAGACAAAGAAUACUACAAAGUGAAAGAACCUGGUGAAAGUCCUAUAUUCUGGUAUGCUCCAGAAUCACUGACAGAGAGCAAGUUUUCUGUGGCCUCAGAUGUUUGGAGCUUUGGAGUGGUUCUAUAUGAACUUUUCACCUAUAUUGAGAAGAGUAAAAGUCCACCAGCGGAAUUCAUGCGUAUGAUUGGCAACGACAAACAAGGACAGAUGAUUGUGUUUCAUUUGAUAGAACUCUUGAAGAAUAAUGGAAGAUUACCAAGACCAGAUGGAUGCCCAGAUGAGAUCUAUGUGAUCAUGACAGAAUGCUGGAAUAAUAAUGUAAAUCAGCGUCCGUCUUUCAGAAACCUAGCUCUUCGAGUUGAUCAAAUAAGGGACAACAUAGCUGGAUGAACGAAAUGAACUUCACUCUGAGACCAAAAUAAAAUUAAGCUGAAGCGUCUGCUUCUGGCCAUAUGGAGUAACUUGAACCAGGUUUGCCCUUUCUCUGUAAGGAAGUGGAGAACGAAACAAAACACCUAAAUUCAGAUAUUGGAUAACAGACAUAACUGUGCUUCCCCAAGAGAAGGGAAACAAAUGAG